AUGUUCCAAACCGUAAGUUGCAUUCUUUACUCCAACAACAAGUCAGCACCGCAGCCGACUAGAGAUUCAGGGUCUUUUCACUUGUGCAUACCCGUGUAUGGUGCAUGCUCCCGCUGUGGGCCAUCAGGUGAUUGCAGCAUACGCCUCGUGCAUGGGGCUGCCUCUCUUCCGCCGCCGCAUCAAAGGCUCCUCCAAGUAUGCUCGCCCAUCCCCUCCUCCCUCUCACGCGCUCUCCCUCUCCUUCGCUCCCCUCCCUCUCACCCCCUAUCUUCCCUCUCAUCUCAUCCAAGCAUGAUCUCUCACCCAUUCCUUCCCUCUCAACCCCUUCCCUCUGUCUCUGCUGGUGCUGCAUCCAACGCUCCUCCAAGUGCGUUCGCCUGUCCCUUCCUCACUACUUCUCAUUCCUCCCUUAUGCCUCUCAUCCAAGUGCGCUCGCCCUGCCUGCCACACCCUUCUCCUCCCGUCCUUCCCUGCAUCCAGCAUCUGGCCAUGCGGUACAGCACCACAGCCGGGGACGAGGUGGAGGACAUGGAGGUGCUGCUCAGGGUUGUGAAGAAACACCUGCCAGCUGUGCAGGGCGUGUCAGUGGGAGCAAUAGCAUCGGACUAUCAGCGGGAGCAAGUGGAGCACGCGUGCUUGAGACUGGGGCCUGGGCCUCAUUCCUCUUCUCCUCCUCUUCCGCCCAUCCCUUCUGUUCAUCCCAUUUCCAUCCAUACUCACAUCACAGCCGUGCAGGGCGUGUCGGUGGGGGCGAUGGCAUCGGACUAUCAGGGGGAGCGGGUGGAGCACGUGUGCUCGAGGCUGGUACUUCCUUACUCCGCCCCCCUCCUUUCCCCCCAUUCCUCUCUCCCUCAUCUCAUCUCUUCUCCUCCCCAUCAACUGUCAGCCGUGCAGGGCGUGUCGGUGGGAGAAAUAGCAUCGGACUAUCAGAGGGAGCGGGUGGAGCACGUGUGCUCGAGGCUGGGCCUCACCCCUCUCGCCUACCUGUGGCAGCGACCGCAGAAAGCACUGCUAGACGACAUGAUUGCAGCGGGCAUCCACGCUAUUCUCAUCAAGGUGGCGGCUCUGGGCCUGCGACCAGAGAAGCAUCUGGGGAUGCGGUUGGAGGAGAUCCGAGGCACCAUGCAUGCGCUAGCAGGAGAGCAAUCUGGGGGAGCGGUUGGAGGAGGUGCAAGACACCAUGUAUGCCCUGGCUGGGAGACAAAUGGGGCUGCGAGGAGAGGAGCAAUCUCAACAGCAGCCCUGAGGGAAAGGGAACGGGGGAAGGGGGAUGUGGGGAAGCGGGAUGGGGGUAAGGGGGAUGGGGAAAGAGGGGGAGUUGGGCAGAGAGGGGAACAGAUGAAGGGACAGUGGAGAGUGAUUGAGAAGCAAGGGGAGGCGAAAGGAGGUGUGCAAGAGCGCAUAGAGGUAGCCACCGUGCACAUCAUGCUGUUCUCGCCCAACCCUCCUCAUGCGCGCAUAGUGGUGGGCAGCUCUCACAUCAUGCUGCACUCGCCAGACCCGGUCAUCCCUGUGGGCGUGGGAGCCAGCCACAUGCGCGCGCGCAUAGUGGUGGACAGAUCUUACAUGCGCGCGCGCAUAGUGGUGGACAGAUCUUACAUGCGCGCGCACAUAGUGGUGGACAGAUCUUACAUGCGCGCGCGCAUAGUGGUGGACAGAUCUUACAUGCGCGCGCGCAUAGUGCAUGCGCGCAUAGUGGUGGACUCCUCUCACAUCAUCUUACACUCGCCAGACCCUGUUGCACCUGUGGGCGUGCUGCGAAUCACAGCCUUCCACGUGGCACCCAAGACCCAGGAUGGGGCUGCAGCUCCUGCUGAUGCUGCUGACGUGGCUCUCCCUUCUCCGGUGAUUAUUGAUGCCAAUGACGAGGAUGCUCUUAGCGAGGACAGCACUGGCACCACAGUGGGAGCAGCAGGGGGGGCUACAACCGGAACAGGGGCAGCAGCGGGAGAGGGAAACAGGGGGUUGGAUGGGGUGCAGGUGGCGCAGGCAGGGGAGGGGAGGGGAGGGGAUGUGGUGCAGGUGCCAGUGGCAGUGCAAUGGCAUGGGUUUGCAUUCAUUGCAUGCGACACACAGGGGCACGAUGCAGAGGGUAGGGGUGAUGCUGCUGAGGAUAAGCAUGAUAACCUGGCCUCCCAUCUUUCCAUCGCCCUCUCCUCCAUCUCCCACACCCUCCACUCGCUCUCCCUCUCCUGGGCGCACGCCCUCUACGUCCACCUGUACCUCGCUGACAUGGCGCAGUUCGGCGCCGCCAACUCAGCGUACGUGCGCCACAUCACCGAAGCCGAGUGCGUGGACGGCGUGCCGUCGCGGUCCACUGUAGAGCUGCCACUUGGCGCCUCAUCAUUGGGCGGCAGCGGUGGAAGCAGCACGGAAGGGGUUCUCUUGCUGGGCACCCUCCUGCAUCGGCCCUUACAGCCAGCACGAGCCACAAGGCGGAGUCCUGUGGAUGGCGGGGCAAUUGGGUCUGGACCCGCCAAUCAUGGAGCUGGUGGGGGGAGGGGCGAGGAGACAGGCAGAGAGGGCGCUGAGGAGCUGCGAGAAAGAGAUAUCUUUGCUCCCCCUUCCGCCUUUUUCCCCCUCCCUCCUCUCCCCCAGAGCACGAGCUUCAAGGGAGUGCUGUGGAUGGCGGGGCAAUUGGGUCUGGACCCGCCCUUUAUGGAGCUGGUGGGGGGAGGGGCGACGCAGCAGGCAGAGAGGGCGCUGAGUAGCUAUGAUGAGUCAAUGUCCCCCAUUUCCCGCUUUUCUUCUCUCGUCCAGUGCACGAGCUUCAUUUUUGAGGUGCCUCAAAAGUCGUCAAUGUUCCCCCUUCCCCUUUUCUUCUCUCUUCCAGAGCACGAGCUUCAAGGGAGUCCUGUGGAUGGCGGGGCAAUUGGCACGAGCUUCAAGGGGGUGCUGUGGAUGGCGGGGCAACUGGGUCUGCACCCCCCAAUCAUGGAUGGAGCUGGUGGAGGGAGGGGCGAGGAGACAAGCAGACAGAGAGGCAGGCAGGGCGCUGAGGAGCUCACGAGCUUCAAGGGAGUCCUGUGGAUGGCGGGGCAACUGGGUCUGGACCCCCCAAUCAUGGAGCUGGUGGAGGGGGGGGCGAGGAGACAGGCGGAGAGGGCGCUGAGGAGCUGUGAGGCUGUUGCUGCUGUGGUGAAGGGGAGGGAUGGGGCUGGUGUGGUUGGAGGGGAGAGAAAGGAGGUGGCACGGGCAGUUGAGGAGUUUUUUGCAGCUGCCCGGAGGGAGAGGAGGGAGAUUAGGGCAGCAGUGCGAAGUGGGAAGAAGAGGAGAGAGGAGACGGGGGAGGGGCAGGGAGAAGAGGGAACGGGGGAGAAAGGAGGUGGAGGAGGGGAAGGGGAGGUUGAAGGAAGAGGGGAGGGGAAACGUGAGGGGGAGUGGGGUGUGGGGCGAUGGUGGGUGGUGGGGCAUGGAGGGGAGGAGGGAGUAGAUAAGAAGGAAGGAAAGGAGUCAGCUGCUGGUGCUGGUGAUGGCACGGUGGGUGCAAGUGGUGCUGUAGCAGGGGAGGGAGAGGGAAGAGAGGAAGAGGAGGAGGAAGAGGAGGGAGGAGAGGGAGAUGAGGAAGAUAGGGAGGAGCAGGGGUCAGAGGGGGUGAUAGCAGCAGAUGCGCGGCUGCAGUUUGUGGUGGUACCAGGACUGCCUAAAGGGUACGUGCGUGCCCUUGCUGGGCCCUUGCUGGGCCCUUGCUGGGGUAAGAAUGUGGUGCAGCAGGAGGAGUCAGCGGGAGUGAUUGCAGCAGAUCCGUUGCUGCAGUAUGCGGUUGUACCAGGACUGAGGGCAUCUGUUGAGAUUGCUCCUCUCCUCGCAGCCCCAUUUCUCUCCUACUCUUCUGCCACCUCAGCUGCCCCGUGGCCGAGUUCCCUCACCCCCCUGCACCUCCCAUCCACGUCAGCACCUUGCCACGUGUCAAACACAGACGGCCACACGUCAGUUCUAGGAAAUCAGCUGGCAGGGAUGAGCUUGGGUGAAGAGAAAGAAGGGGUCGAGUCAGCCGCGGCAGACAAAGAGACGGGGGCAAAGGAGGUUGACAGAAUUUUGGGUGAUAUGGCAGAGGAAGGCAGGCAGAGAGGGGCAGAGGUCACAGACAGUAUGGCAGAGGGAGCAGCGGGGAGGAGUGAGGGAGACGAGGGGGAGAUGCAGGGGAGAGUGGCUGUGGGGGGAAGGGCAGAGGGGGUGAGCAUUGCUGGGCAAGCCACCGCAGCAGCGGGUGCUUUCUGUCGCGUGCACCUGUGGGUGGAGCAGGCGAGGGGGGAGGAGACAGAGGCAGAACAAGGGAGAGAGUGUGAAGCGCAUCACUCUCUUGCACAUGGGGUGGAGGCAGCGGGUAGUGCAGGUGGGGAGGGGCAGGCCAGGGAGUCACUCGCUGACAGCUUUGUCGAUGGGGUUGCAGGCGGAUGUGUCAGCAUGCUGUCAGAUGCCCUCCGCGUGGCACGCCUUGAUUGGCCCGAUGUUGCGGAAAGAAAAUCACAUGCUGCUCUUCUUGCCCUCGUCACUCCCCUCCCUCCUCGAACCCCCUCGUCAACCCCACAGAUGCUUCGUGCGUAUGUUCCUGUGGGAGGGCCCAUCCCCAUCCCUGCCCUGUCACUCGCCCUCAAGGCUCAUCUCUCCAAGACCCUGCACAACCGAACGCAAUCCCAACCCUCCAAUGAGACACCUGCUCCAAGCCACCAUCAUGGCCCUUCUGCUGCUGCUGCUGCUGCUGCUGCUGUGGCAGUGGCGCCGUGCCCAAUCGUGGUGCCGGUGACAGCUGUGGGGCCCACAGCUGCUGCUGAUGCUCUCCUGGCAGUGGAGCUGACAGCAUUCGGGGCAUGA